AACAUCCACGCACGGGGCUGCAGGCCAGCGGCAGCCCCCUUUAAGGAGCGCUCGGUCUUCCAGAAGUACUGCGGUCUUAAUUUUAGCUUGGAGGCCUGCCAUGGCAGCUUUACCCAGAGGCAGGCUGGAGUUAUGUGGGACAGCUGUCCGCCGGCAUGCUGGGUGGGGCCUGGUAGCCGUAGGGCACAAGUCUGGGGACCCUGAACUGCUCUUCCUGCCCCAAGGAUUUUUCACCCCACCGGCUGCAAGGCUCAGACCUCUGCCACCCCCGGCGACAGCUCUAUGAUGAUGGCGGAAGGGCACACAGACUUGGAGGCCCAGAUCGUCAAGGACAUUCACUUUAAGGAGAUCGACCUGGUGAACAGGGAUCCCAAGAACAUUAACGAAGACAUCGUCAAGGUGGACUUUGAAGAUGUGAUCGCAGAGCCUGUGGGCACCUACAGCUUUGACGGCGUGUGGAAGGUGAGCUACACCACCUUCACUGUCUCCAAGUACUGGUGCUACCGGCUGCUGUCCACGCUGCUGGGCGUCCCACUGGCCCUGCUCUGGGGCUUCUUGUUUGCCUGCAUCUCCUUCUGCCACAUCUGGGCAGUGGUGCCGUGCAUCAAGAGCUACCUGAUCGAGAUCCAGUGCAUCAGCCACAUCUACUCACUCUGCAUCCGCACCUUCUGCAACCCGCUGUUUGCGGCCAUGGGCCAGCUCUGCAGCAGCAUCAAGGUGAUGCUGCGGAAGGAGGUCUAAAGUCAGGAGGUGGGAGAUGGGGUGGCGGGGCGGGAUCAGGCCAGGCAGCCCUGCUACCAUUCCAUGGAGGGCAGGAGAGAGCAGGAGAGCUCUUUCUCCUUAGAGACUGCUCCAUUCCUCGCCCCCAACAUGGGGGUACACCAUGUAGGGGAGCUGGAAGAUAACCCAGCCUGGCCUCCCAGGCAGCACCAUGGCCCUCACUCUGCAUGCCCAGGAGCAGCCUGGGUCAGAAGACGUGUACUACGAGGCAGCUACUGCAAGUCUUUGUGUCCAUGUGUACUGUGACCAGCAGGGGCUCCCACAGUCCACACACGCCCAGGAAAGUGACCAGUGACUGUGGGUGUGAGAAAGGGACCCCAAUAAAGGUUUCAGCUGCAUGGGCA